AUGAGUUGGCUUAAGGCACUGGAGAGUGUCUGCGGGCGGGCGGCCGCCCGUCCACCGCGGCGGACCUCACUCUUGGAGUCUGCAGUGGCGCGCCGCCUCGCACCAGCGACGAGUAGAAACGCGUUGCAGCAGCAGCAGCAGCAACCUCCACUCGUGGCAGAGGUGGGGCCGUCCACAGCUGCCCUACACCGCGUCAGCAGCACCUGGAGCAGCUCCCUCGCUGUCAUUCAAUUCUCGCAACCCGAUUCGAGUUGCGGUCUGACAUGGAAAAUGCACCGACUUCCACUACAGCUUGCCGCGCAAUGCGUUGCUAUUCUUUUAGAGGCUGGGCAAUCGGCCACCGCCCUCGAUGUUCUGCGAUGUUGGCAGCCACCAGCUGUCAAACCUCGGAUACGAGCAAAGUUGCACGCGACAGUGAAGCUAAAGAAGGCGCUGGAGACGCUAAGUGUCAUUGGUGAUGUAGAGACGCUUCGCACGGUUAUAUCGGUGCUCCACCAGUCGGUGAUGGAGCAGCACCAAAAACGUCGCUCCCGAGUAAGUUGCUCCUCUGCCGAUGUGGCUACAAGGAGUUCGGAAUCGGAGGAGGUGGGGGAGGAGAGUUACAGAUUCUUUUCGACACUGGGAGCACGGCGAACACGUGUGCUGUUCGUGGAGGCCGUCCACGAACUUCUCCUGCAAGACGAGAGCGUAGUACCUCUGCACGAAAAACUCACGUGGAUUAAUGCAGCGACGGUUGCAACAAGGUCGAAAAAGUCAGGCACUCAGGUGCCAUACCUUAUUCCAUUCAUCUUGCAAGAUGAUUUUAGGAGUGUCAUUGAGCAGAGCCCCUCGUAUGAUGAGGGUCUCUUGCAGCAGGUGGGGCCGGCUUUCGCCAGUGGCUUCCUCCACCCCACACAGUGUAGUCCCCUGGAUAUCCUAUGCACACCACGAAGUGAGCUGAAGCGUCUCCACAAAAAAGGCCUAGACCCUUCCGGUGAGCUCUGGGCGGAGAUGAAGCAUCUCGUCGGUGCCACAUCGCCCGCUGUUCAGCAGGGCAGCCAAAUUGUGGCCCUGAUUGACGCCGUCUGCCGUGCCGAUGCGACGUACAACCUGCGGUCUGGGCGCCACCGGUCAUACCCCGUUUUGACGGAGGAGCAGCGUCUGUUGCGGCGCCACUUUGUCUCGCAGCUUCGAUCGCCACGGUCGUCCACGCGGCGGGAGUGGAGCCGGGCACUGCUGCGGCACCCGCGUCUUCUUCUCCGUCUUGGCUUGUCACCGCUGAUGGUUUUCCGCGUGUGUGCACUAACGUUCCGCAGUUUUCGUGUGCACACCCCUUUUGCACGCUGCUGCAUGCCGUUGUUGCGGCAGCUGCGGCGGGUGGGGCGUGACGAGGAUGCCGCGCGGCUCGUGUGGAACCACCUCUCUGUCGUGGAUCCCAAGCUCGCUGCACUUUUCGCUGCACGCCCUCUAGCGCUGGACGAUGCCGUGGCAGUUGUGUGCCUCACCAUGCGUCGCGGUGUGAGGGGCCGCAGGGAUCCGUGGAUGGGGCACCGCUCACUCGCGGUGCUGCGCGUCGCAGCCGCGGCCGACCUGCUGACACCGGCGCACUGUGUUCCCACCUGCGCCGCCGCCCUCGACUGCGGUGUGCACUUUGCCACCGUGCAGCAAAUCAUUGGGGAGGUGUUUGGCAGCGACAGUGACACGGCAAGGUGGGUGCUGAAUAUGGUUAGGCUCACAGCCGAUAGCCAUGCGACGCGUCUCUUGGUGCCGAUGGAGAAUCUCUCACACACCGCCGUCAUGCGCAGUCUGCUGCGGCGAUACGCAUACGAAGCUGCGACGGUGGGUUCGUCGCCGUCGGUGGAAGUGUGCGUGCCAUCUCGCAGCAAGCUUCUGGCGUUGUGGACGAUGGUGAACGAUGAUGUUAUGAGUGUUUCUCUGCGCCGAUUGAUUUGCCGGCUUUUCCUGGACGAGGAAGCCCAAAUGACAGUUGAGGAUAUGAAUGAGAUGCGGCAACCCAUUCAACAUGUGGUAAAUAGUCUUUUCCGUGAGGAGAUUCUGGCGUCCGUUGCCGCCAACUGCACGACAACGAACAGCUACCUUAUUAUUAUGAACGCACUUGAUUCGCGGCGUCGACUGCGCAACACCCAGCGGUGCGCUCAGCUCCUGCUGAGCGAGGUGGACGAUGAGAGUGUGGAGGUGUUGCUGCCAACAGCCGGCUGA